AUGACUCGCGGGACAGGCGUCAUCAUCGGCGGCGAGAUCAUGACCGCCAAGGACGGGAACACCGCAAAGAUGAGAGGAAACGAAGUUCUGGGAGCCGCGAUCGAACUCGCAGGAGACCAUCAAGCUCGGAUGGACAGAGGCAAAGAGAAUAUGAUGAUCGCCGACGCAUUUCAUACUACCAAAGACGGUGCGCCCACUCCAACAAUCGAAAAGCAGAAACCAAACUUUCGGCCAUCUGGGCUUUUGGCUGCAGCCUCAAACACAAUUUCAACAUCCGCUGGUGCAAUUGUUUUGAAAUACCAUGAACCACCAGAGGCUCGAAAACCGCCUUCUACCCAACCUUGGCGCCUCUACAUCUUCAAAGGCGAAUCGAUUGUCGACACGCUGGAUUUGUAUACCCAAUCUUGCUGGCUCUUCGGAAGGGAAACUUCUGUCUGCGACUUCGCACUUGAACAUCCCAGCUGCUCCAAACAGCAUGCCGUUAUCCAAUUCCGUUAUGUGGAAAGGAGGAAUGAGUUUGGCGAUAAGAUAGGGAAAGUGAAGCCAUAUGUGAUCGAUCUGGAGAGCGCUAAUGGCACGACGGUCAACGAUGAGGCUGUGCCGGAGGGAAGGUUCGUCGAGUUGCGGGACAAAGAUAUUAUCAAGUUCGGCCAUUCAACCAGAGAAUAUGUCAUGCAGAUGCCUUCCGGAUGA